CGGGCACCACGAACAAACUCUUCUAGUAAUAAAACUAAACACAGCAUGAGCAUUUUAAUCUUAUUUGACUUGUUUUUAGGGAGUUUGUGACGCCUGAAGCUAGCGUCAAGACAGCUAGCAUCAAGACAGAAGACACUUCCGGGCAAAGUGUAUUAUGGGGGACCGGCCCAAGCUCCAUGUCUUCCUGGGGGCACCUCCUCCUCCUCCUCCUCCUCCUCCUCCUCCUCCUCCCUCCUCCUGUGGCCCGGUCUCUGCCCCUGAAGUCGGGGUGGAGGUCUGGAGACAGCUGGAGCUCACCUGGAGGGACGGCCGCCUGACUCAUGCUUCACACCUGGACCAGGACCAGGACCCUGGAACCGAUCCACCUGGGCCCAGUGUACAAAUCCAAGAUGGUCGAAGGAACUGUGAAUCCGACUGGACCACGGAGACGGUUCCAGCAGCAGGAGGACGAGGAGGAGACUCCAGCUCUGAGGACCAGGCUUUAAAUCAGGCUUCAGUACAUGAGUAUCUGGACAGCUGCUUCUAUCCAGGACCAGGACCACAAAGACCUGGACCUGGACCUGGACCAGGACCAGAGACAGAACCACAAAGACCCGGACCUGGCUCUGUUCACCCACCAUCAGAACCGACUCACUUCCUGUCCACCUGGACCCUGAGUCAGGCCUUGGUCCUGAGAGGCCGACACGUCGUCCAAUCAGCAUCCAGCCCUCAGAAGGCCCCGCCCUCCUCCAGCUCCACCCCGGAGCUGUUCAGUCCUGAAGCCUCCGCCGAGCUCUUCAGCCCCCCCAGGGUGGAGGAGGGGGGCGUGGUCCUCCAGGCCACCGUAGACGGCGUCCUCUGUUCUCAGGAGUCCACCUCCACCGAGGCUCCGCCCACAAAGAAGACCCGGGUCUGUGGAGAUUCUAGGACAGAAGCCACCUCCUCCCCUGAGCCCACCUCCUCCUCCACCAGACCCACCUCCUCCUCCUCCACCUCCUCCACCACUCUCCUGGCCCGCUGUGAUAAAUCCGGGGUUCGUUACUCAGUUCUGGUGGUGGUGGUCCACCCAUGUCACCUGAAGGAGGUCCAGGUGAGGUCUGGUCCAUCAGCUGGGUCCUGGGUCCCCGUGGCGUCCAUCGUGGUGACGGACCAAUCAGACGUGGAGGUGAAGGUGGUGCUGUGGAGGCGGGCGGCGUUCUGGGCGUCGACCGUGAGUCCAGGAGACGUCCUCCUCAUCACAGGGGUACAGGUGGGUGAGGACCGGUGGAGAGGAGAGACGUUCCUUCAGUCGACCUUCAGCUCUAAACUUCUGAACCUGGGUCCUGGGACGUCCUCCUGUCCCCCUGCAGUGUCCCGGCAGGUGGACGCUGGUGCUCUCAGCUCUCUAAGUGUCUUCCUUCGGGAGCGGCGCCCCCUGCUGGCGUCUGUGUCCCGCCGCCGUCCUCAGGACCUGAGCCGCCUCCCCUACGCCGUCCUGAGGUCCCUGAGGGUCAACACGCUGGUCCACGCCCUCCUGCGAGUCACACACACUCACCUGGGCUCAGAUUGGCGGGGGGAGGCGGAGUCUCGCUGGAGGUCGGCGGUCCAGGUGAAGGCGGUUCUGACUGUGGAGCAGAUGGACGGACUCCAGGGACAGCUGAUGCUGUGGGGGUCUGCUGUGGCCUGGCUGCCCCGCCUCCGAGGAGACACCGCCUCAGUGUCUUUCUGGGACUUCCAUGUCCUCCUGGUGAGGGACGGUUUGACCUCUGACCUCCCGGAGCUCCACUCCACCCCCUGGAGCUCGGUCCGUCCUGUCCGUCCGUCCGACCCCCGGCUGCGGGACAUGCAGCGGAGGGGGCGUGUCCAGGGGGGGGCGUCCGGCACCUUGGAGCUGGACCUGGACACUCUGCUGUCCCAGAAGUUCAGCGGGGACGUGGAGCUGAGGGUCCAGGUCGUCUCCUUCCACUUCCAGGACGUCCCUCUGUCCCAGAAUGCCCCUCAGCCGGUCCUGGACCAGGGGACGUCUCUGGACGGCGUCCUGGCGGCUCUGAGCGGAGACGUGUCCUUCACCGGCUGCAGCCGCUGCUCCACUGAGCUGGAGACGGACGCCAACGGCAUCUACUGCCCCUGUUACCGCUGCCUCCCCCACCGGGGGCUGGGCCGCUACUACAGACCUGCUGUGCUGACAGUGAGUGGGCGGGGCCUCAACCAGGUGUGUGGUGGGCGGGGCUUCAGCCAGGUGUGUGUCCACGUUCCUCCUGAUAAAGUGCAGCAGAUCCUCAAAGUUCCUCCUGAUAAGCUGCAGCGGAGCUCAGCUCCAGGCUCAGAGGUGAAGCUCGUCCACGUGGCAGCAGAGAGGAUCCAGGCCCUCCUGUCCCUCCCCAAGAAAACCCUCAUCAUCACCAUCCACAGCCACUUCCUGGUCGACGAGAACGGCGUCGCCAUCGACCGCGAGUUCACGCUGCUCGACCUUCAGGUCCCCGACUGAGACGACAAAGUUCCCUCGGUCACAUCAACCUUUACCUGUUUCCUAAACGUUUCCUUUAACCAGCGAAAUCUGAAGAUUAAAGCAAUAAAAAAUGUAUUUCUCUGGACCAAACAAAGACUACGGUUAGCUGGGAGGCUAGGAGGAGCUACUGUUAGCUGGGAGGCUAGGAGGAGCUACUUUUAGCUGGGAGACUAGGAGGAGCUA